AUGUUGGCGUUGACGAUGUUGGCGAACGGAUCACGGGAGUCCUCGUCUACGCUUGUUUGUUUGCACGUGCCUAAAGUACAGACGAGCUUCAGACAGAAUGCAUCAUCAAUCGGGCGAUGGGGACGAUCGACAACGACGAACCCGGUAACCAUUCCAGGUAGUACGGCUGGUGUAACGACGGACGGAUACGGAUACACAUUGACUAGCAGUCCUAGUCCCCCGCACAGUCCUCCCAUCAAUAUGCCGCCUCCAAUACCACCUCGACCUGUGAUACGGCAGUCAAGUUUCACCAAGAUAGGAUAUAUGAUCAAUACAGCCGUUAACGGGACCAAAAAGCAAUUCAGCAGUGGCAGCAGCAGCAGCAGCAGUAGUAGCGGUAAUGGCGAAACAACGUGGUGCUUUUCACAGAUAAAGGGUGCCCUGGAUGAUGAUGUUACCGAGGCCGACAUCAUUUCCUGCGUCGAGUUUAAUCACGAUGGUGAACUUUUGGCCACCGGUGAUAAAGGUGGGCGGGUCGUCAUCUUUCAGAGAGAUCCUUCAUCGAAAGCGUCAACUCCAAGACGUGGGGAAUACAACGUUUAUUCAACCUUUCAAUCGCACGAACCAGAGUUCGACUACUUAAAAUCUUUAGAGAUCGAGGAGAAGAUUAAUAAAAUCAGGUGGCUAAAGCGAAAGAAUCAAUCGCACUUCCUUCUCUCAACCAACGACAAAACGAUCAAGCUAUGGAAAGUGUCGGAACGCGAUAAGCGGGUCGAAGGCUACAACACUCGAGAGGAUAAUGGAAGCAUUCGCGACCCGGCCUCGAUUAACGCGCUGCGAGUUCCGUCGAUCAAACCGAUGGAUCUGAUGGUGGAGGCGUCGCCGCGUCGUAUUUUCGCGAACGCGCAUACCUACCACAUCAAUUCGAUCUCGGUGAACUCGGACCAGGAAACGUACCUGUCGGCGGACGAUCUUCGGAUCAACUUGUGGCAUCUGGAAAUCACCGAUCAGAGCUUCAACAUUGUCGACAUUAAGCCGGCGAACAUGGAGGAGCUAACAGAGGUGAUUACGGCGGCAGAGUUUCAUCCAACCGAGUGCAACGUGUUCGUCUACUCGAGUAGUAAGGGUACUAUUCGGUUAUGUGAUAUGCGCUCUUCGGCACUAUGCGAUCGGCAUGCGAAGCUGUUCGAAGAGCCGGAGGAUGUUGAUAUCACCAACAAGAGCUUCUUCCGUGAGAUCAUAAGCUCGAUCAGCGAUGUGAAGCUGAGCAACUCGGGUCGGUAUAUGAUAUCGCGGGACUAUCUGAGUAUUAAGGUGUGGGAUUUGCAUAUGGAAACGAAACCGAUUGAAACGUAUCCGGUUCACGAAUACCUCCGUACGAAGCUGUGCUCACUGUAUGAAAACGAUUGCAUCUUCGACAAGUUUGAAUGCUGCUGGAACGGCAAUGAUUCGGCCAUUAUGACUGGAAGCUACAACAACUUCUUCCGCAUCUUCGAUCGGAAUUCAAACAAGGAUGUUACGCUUGAAGCUUCGCGGGACAUCAUCAAGCCGAAGACGGUGCUGAAGCCGCGCAAGGUCUGUACCGGUGGUAAGCGGAAAAAGGACGAAAUCAGUGUUGAUUGUUUGGCCUUCAACAAACGAAUCCUCCAUACCGCUUGGCAUCCGCUUGAAAACAUCAUAGCCGUGGCCGCCACCAAUAAUUUAUUCAUAUUCCAGGAUAAGUUUUAG